AUGACCUACAAGCCAGAAACAAGGGAACACUUAUGCGAUGUUUUGAUCGUGAAACCCUUGAAUGAGGGAAGUCCGAUUGUUGACAUUGAUUUGGUGACAAUGCAGCCCCAUGUCAAUGAUGAUAAGAUGGUUGUCAGUCAUGAAGUGAUGGAGGGAGACGAUGUUGGUGUGGAAGGUCAAACCACUAGAUCUUAUACGAUUCAUAACAUGGAGCCCUUGAAUGAACACAACCCGGUUGUUGACCCUAAUGUGGUGCUAAUAUUGCCACAUGAGGUUGAUUUGAAGAAGAAAGCCAUACAAGAAAUGGCGGAAGAGCAGUCUUUGAACACGGAGGGUGGCCAAAGUGUUGGCUCUAGUGUGUUGGAUUCCUCCUCAACCUUGGAGGAAAAUCAGGUGGAGCUACCUUCUCAAAAAAGGUCUUUCUCUUGCGACUACUGUAAUCUAUCUUUCUCGAAUUUCCAUGCUUUGGCAGGGCACCAAAAUGCCCAUAGGCGUGAGCGUGAACUCAUAAAAAAACGCAAGUUAUCUGAGAUGGGCAGGUAUAAUUGGUCCCCUCCUCUGGCAUACCCUCAAUACCCUUACACCCAUCACCAUUCACCAAUGUUUUCUUCCGCAUCAAACAGAUCUUCUCCAUUAAGGUUAAGAUACACUAAUAGGCCAUCUUCUUCAGGUUUACAAAUGGGCCCUUAUACAAAUGGGCCUCCAUUUAAUGGGUCAAACAAUCGUUAUGGAUCCACUUUUGGGUCCUUUUCUAGAACAGGAUCCCCAAUCAUGCCUCACAACUAUGUGCUUCCACAGCCACUCUAUUCAGGUAGGUUUAGGAGUUUUGGACAGUUUCAUGCAAACAUUAAUAUUGGUGGUACUGGUACUGGUAGUGGUAGUGGUAGUGGUGGAGGCAACAACAUCAAUGUUGCACCACCAUUUAGGUUCCCGGGAAGUAGUAGUAACAAUGGAGGAGGUGUGUCGAGCUAUCUUUCAAAACCACUGGAUGCAGGUUUUCUGAAACUUGGUAAUGGACCUGUGGAAGGUGAUGGUGGAGGUGAACUUGAUUUGGAUCUGAAACUUUGA